AUUUUGUUGUUUGUUUAUUUACAUGUUUUUUCCUGAAUUUUGAUUGCGUGAAGAAAACAAAUUAAUUAAUGGGGCCAGAUACAUUAGAAUUCAUUGCAGCGUUGCAAAAAAACACAAAAAACAUACGAAAUAUUUGCAUACUUGCUCAUGUAGAUCAUGGGAAAACAACACUUGCAGAUUGUUUAAUUGCAAGCAAUGGCAUUAUUUCUCCUAAAUUAGCGGGUAAGCUUCGCUAUAUGGAUAGUCGUGAAGAUGAACAGCAGCGUGGUAUCACGAUGAAGUCAAGUGCUAUUUCACUUGCUUAUAAUACAAAUAAGCAAAACUAUCUUGUAAAUUUAAUUGAUUCACCAGGACAUGUUGACUUUUCCAGUGAGGUAUCAACUGCAAUACGACUUUGUGAUGGUGCUUUGAUUGUUAUAGAUGUUGUUGAGGGAGUUUGUCCACAAACACAAGCAGUGCUUCGUCAAGCUUGGCUGGAAGGAAUUAAACCAUGUCUUGUGAUAAAUAAGAUAGAUAGAUUAAUCACUGAAGUUAAGUUAUCGCCUAUGGAGGCGUACUUACAGUUACAGAAAGUUGUUGAGCAAGUAAAUGCAGUUAUGGGAUCUUUAUUCAGUACUUCUGUUAUGGAGCAAUCAAAUGUCAAAAUAAAUACUGAAAACUCUUCUACGAAAGUAAAUGCUGAUGGGGAACUUUCAUUUGAUUGGAGUUCUGGUCUAGAAGAUGCUGAUGAUGAAAACUUAUAUUUUUCUCCUGCUGCAGGAAAUGUUGUAUUUGCUAGUGCAAUUGAUGGUUGGGCAUUUGGCAUCGAUACAUUUGCUGAAAUUUAUUCAAAGAAACUUGGUGCAUCUUACAAUGUUCUUUCGAAAACAUUAUGGGGGGAUUAUUAUAUUAACAUCAAAGCUAAAAAAAUUGCAAUAGGUGCUUUAUCAAAAGGGAAGAAGCCAUUGUUUGUGCAAUUUAUUUUAGAAAAUCUAUGGAACAUAUAUGAUGCUGUUAUUUUAAAUAGAGAUACUGAUCGUAUAAGCAAAAUUGUAACCAAUCUUAAUUUGAAAGUUUCAACUCGUGAUUCGAAAACAAAUAAUUUACAAUCACAUCUUCAAGCUAUUCUAUAUCAAUGGUUGCCUCUUUCUGAGGCUGUUUUAAAAAUGGUGAGUUCUUCUAUGCCCAGUCCUCUUGACAUAUCUGAAGAGCGAGUGAAGACUUUAAUGUGUGGACGAUAUAAAACUAUUGACAUAUAUUCUCAAGAUACUCAAAAACUUAAAGAUGUCAUCAUAAAAUGUGGGUCUGAACCAGAAUCUCCUGUCAUUGUAUUUGUUUCAAAAAUGUUGUCAGUACUUCAAUCAGAUUUACCAAAGAACAGGAAAAAACCUCUUGAAGAGCUUGAUGUUGCAUCUCGUUAUGAAGCUGCUAAAAAGAAAUUGGCUGAUAGAGAAAUGGCUGCUGAAUGUGCAGGAGAUGAGUUUAAAGAAUCAAAAGUUUCUGUUGAGGUAGAAGAAAAUGAUCAAUGUUUUAUUGCAUUUGCUCGGGUAUUUAGUGGUGUAUUGAAAAAAGGUUCAAAAUUAUUUGUCUUAGGACCUAAGUAUAGCCCUCUUAUACGAGCUGAAACUUUAACAGAUUCCCCUCUCAAGCCUGUGGAAGAGGUUGUGUUUGGUCACAAAUUUUCAAGUGUUUACAUGGCAGAAUGCACCAUAGGUGACCUUUAUCUUUUAAUGGGAAAAGAGUUGAACAUUUUAGAUGCUGUUCCAGCUGGAAAUAUACUUGGUAUUAAUGGAUGUGCUGACUAUAUUUUAAAAUCAGCUACGUUGAGCUCAACAUUGGCGUGUCCAGCAUUUACUCCUAUUCCACUGGAAGCUAAACCAAUUGUGCGUGUUGCUGUUGAGCCUAGACAACCUAGUCAAUUACACAGAUUAGUUGGUGGAAUGAAACUUCUAAACCAAGCUGAUCCAUGUGUUGAAGUGCUUGUGCAAGAAACAGGAGAAUAUGUAAUUGUUGCUGCUGGGGAAGUUCACCUACAACGGUGUCUUGAUGAUUUGACUCAACGGUUUGCUAAAAUCCAAAUAAAAUCCUCUGAACCAAUAGUUCCAUUUCGUGAGACCAUUGUUAUACCUCCUAAGGUUGACAUGGUUAAUGAACAAAUUAGCGGUACAAAUAAAAAUGCAAAACAUCAUACUCAAAGGCUGCCAUCUUAUAUGCUAAAAGAAAUUCAAAGUUUUAGCGAUACUAUUCGAAAGCAGGAAAAAUCAGAUAUAAACAUAAAACUACAAAGGUAUGAAGAAGAAAACUCUGAAACCUUUUAUAUGAAAGACGAAAUUGUUGCAUUACGAAAAGAAGCCAAAAAACGUGAAAAACUUGGUCUUAUUGAAGCUUUUACUGCUGAUAAACAAUAUUGUGUUUGCGUACACGCUAAGCCUUUACCGUUAAAUGUGUUAAAGUGUCUUGAGCAGCACAAUUUUCUUUUAAAAAUAAUUCAACGAAUUUAUAAUGAAGACGAUUUCCAAGUUGCUAUAAAUUCCCUUUCAAUAGAAACAAAACUUCAAAUUCGGCAAUUUUAUGACCAGUUACGUGAAGAAUUCCAACGAUCAGGCAAACUAUGGAAAGAUAUAAUUAAUCGAAUAUGGGCUAUUGGACCAAAAGGAGUAAAUGAUAACAUUUUAAUAAACAAUGUAAAUGACUACACGAGACCAAGUAUAUGGUGUGGCUUUAUUGAUGAAUUAAAAAACGAAGGUUUGCAUUUACGUGAGUUUGAUAAUAGUGUAAUAAGUGGGUUUCAAUUAGCCGUACAAGCUGGUCCUAUUUGUGAAGAGCCCAUGAUGGGUGUGGCAUUUUUUAUAGAGGAUUGGAAGCGUCUUGGUAAUAAUGAAAAUAGUUACGUGGAAAAUUCCCUCUCUUAUGGCCCUAUCUCUGGGCAACAUAUUUCGGCUUUAAAAGCUGGUUGUCGUCGUGCUUUUAUGGCUCAGCAUCUUCGUUUAAUGGCUGCUAUGUAUAGCUGCGAUAUACAGACAACUUCUGACGUUUUAGGAAAAUUAUAUGGUGUUUUAGGUAAAAGAGAAGGAAAAAUUCUUAAAGAGAACAUGAAAGAAGGUUCUGAUGUUUUUGAUAUUGUUGCUCAAUUGCCAGUUGCUGAAAGUUUUGGGUUUGCUGAAGAAAUACGGAAAAAAACUAGUGGCUUAGCAAGUCCUCAACUAAUAUUUAGUCAUUGGGAGCUUCUAGACAUUGAUCCGUUUUGGAUUCCAACAACUGACGAAGAAUAUGAGUUGUAUGGUGAAAAAGCUGACAGUGAAAACCAAGCCUUAAAAUAUGUUAAUCAAAUUCGAAAACGAAAAGGUUUGUACGUGGAUGAAAAAACUGUUGAACAUGCUGAAAAACAAAGGACUCUUAAAAAAAAUAAAUAAGAAAUAAUUAUCCUGAA